AUGUCUCCCAACAAAUAUAUUCUAACACCACCGGACGAUUUGCACCCUUUGAAUGGAGAUGAAGCGAAUCAAGAGAAGGUAUAUCCAGAUUUUGAACCUUGGUCCCAUAAUUCAAUGGAUGACAAGUUAUUACUUAGUUACGUUGGUAAAGGACACUAUAAUGGCGCUAAAGUUAACUUUGAAAGCAUAUCUGCUCGCUCUUCUUUGCAGGAGUCACUACCGAAGGUUGCGGACAUGCUGGCAGACCAGUUUUCUAAAGUCAUUCAACUAAGGGAGCAAAAUAUAAAUAAGAUUUCAUCAACUACAGACGAAAAUACAGCUGUUAAGCCAAAAUUUAUGGAUUUGGCAGGUCCUGGUUUUAGUCUGCCUAAUAGAGUAACUUUAACUGAUCAAAGAAAAGCUCAGUGGUUACAAGAACUUAGCUCACCGAAUGUGUCAUUGGGGAAACUUGCAAAGUCUAUACCUUACGGGUUUAAACGAAAGCAAAUUCUGGAGCAAUGUUACCUGAAGCAAAUACCCAUUCAAAGGGCGAUUUGGUUAAUUGAAAGUAGUUAUGCCAUGGAUUGGAAAUCGUCGACAAGCAAAUUAAAACCAGGACAAACGGCCGAAUCGGUUGUUAGUCAACUUUAUAAUCUUUGGACUAAUAAUAUGGUAAGUAUAAUGGAGAGGCUAAUAUUUGAAAUGCCAAAGUACUACAAUGAUAUUGGACAAUUGAAAGUUUGGAAAUUACGGGUCUCCUAUUACAUUAAAUUAAUAGGGAAUUGUUAUAGCAUGGGAUUACUAGAUAAAGCCGUGUUCACUCACUGGUUGGUUGAAGUAGUGGAAAAGAUUGAGAACUUUGAAUUUCUACCUUUAUGUCUCCAUCUACUAAGUGUGUUUUGGGCGGAAUUAUGUCCGAUACCGAUUGAGGGUGAUAUGCCAGGCGAAACGUUUAUAAUAUCGAAGGUUACAAGCGUUCUUCUGCAGAAAUACCAUAUAGUGACUCAAAGCAAGGCAAUGAUAAAUGAUGAAAAUUGCAUUAUCAAUGACCUACAAAGGAAUGCGAAACUUAAAGAAACCAUUUUGGGAAAGCUGAAAUCGUUCAUCCUGGACAUAUUCCACAAUCAGUCAUUAGAGGCAUUUAUAAUGCCAAAUCAGAACUGGGACAUGUACAAAAGCUGCUUAUAUGAUAUUGUUGGCGUAGAUAAAAUGAUGGGUGAGAAGUCUAUUGUUAUUAAAAAGAAAUUGGAGUUAAUUACUUACCGGAAUGAUUCUUUAAAGUUUAAUUCUCUUACCCAAUGUUCCAAGAAUCUCCAUCAAGGAUGUGAUAACGAUCCCAUGGAUAUCGAUAGUAAUGAAUUGAAUGGCUUAUUGUUUGUACCAUGCAUCGAUCCGGAAAUUACCACUAUUCUUGAUAAUGUCACUCCAGGUUAUGAUUGGAGCAAUUUUGUUCAACAGAAAUUUACUCAUGUUGAACAAGUCAUACAGUUGAUUGUUUGGGCUAUAACUCCUUCGCGUAAGUCCAGAUAUGACAGUGCUCAUCUGGUUGCCAAGUUGGUGCUUUUAAAAUCCACUUCUCAAGAAAGCUUACAGGAAUAUAACAUGGAGGAUUUUAUAUGGAAGUUUGUUUUCCAUCUUUCAAAACUAUCCGAAUCCGAACUAACAAAUAUUGUGACUAUGCCCAAUUUGUUUGAGUUAUUGAAUAUAUUCAUCUCUUACGGUAUCAUUAAAGUCCCCACAUAUAUCAGAAAGCUAAUCAGUUCUGGUAUUAUGUAUAUUCCCGAUUCAAAAGACAAAUUCUUUCAUUGCAGAUUGUUAAUAAACUUGAAAGUUUCACCACUGAUGAAGAAUCAAUAUAAUAUGGUUUUGAAGAACAUAAUGGAGUAUGAUUCCACCUACUUUACCAACUUUAAUUAUGAUCAGUUACAAAACCUAUUAGCAAUGGCCAGGGAACAACUUUUAUUAGAUGACUUUGAAGAUUUACCCGCGCAACCGAUAAGUGUUAAAAUCUGGGUUUCAGAGUGGUAUUUGAGUUACAUCUGUUCCCCUGCUGAUGACGGACUAAAAAAAGUUGAUAGAGCUACAAUUAUGAAGAACUUUACCAUCUUUAGUGUCCAUUUAAAAGAAGUAAUUCACUUUUAUAAAUGGGUCGAGUUUAUCGUAUAUCAUCAGUUACUAUUGGAUCUCGAUGCACUUAACGCUCUGGUUGAUAUUUUAUUAUGUUACGAAAACUUACUGCCACUUCUUGUGAAUGAUCUGAUCCUAUUCAUGAAAACCAUAAUUCAUAUUUAUUCUAAGGAACUAAGGAAAACUGACAGGACAUCUUAUGAAGUCAGAGAAUUUAAUCAUUUUUGGAAGUUUUUUAUGAAGAACUUUCCAUAUCUAGUCGAACUUGAUUCCGACCUACAGUUACAGCUAGCAGAAGUUUAUGAUUCAGAAAGAAGUCGCAUAGAAAAGCUCACAAAAUCAAAUGUGGAUGCACUUGCUUUAUACUGUGAUAUAAAUGAGAUUCAUGACGAAAAUCUAGUGAAAUUUAAUGCUCAUACCUUUCCCAGUAUUUUCCAACAAAAUUUGAAGACAUUAUUAAAAUCUGACGACGAUGAUGCUAGGAAGAAUGCACAUAAAAGCCUCUUGCUCCUAAUGAUAGCAAACAUAGGAGAUUACAACAAAUUUAUGUCUAUAUUUUUGAAAAGAAAAGAUUUUGAAAUAGAGCAGUUGAUCAUGCUUAUAUCACUAAAGCUGUUAACACUUGAUCUAGUUCACAAGGUGAUUGGAGAGAAAUUCUUGCCAGAAAUAAUAUGCAAGAGUGAAUAUUCUUACGGAUUAUGGUUUGAAUUGCACAAGAAAAGAUAUAUUCGGAAAAAUCUCAAAUUAAUAACGUCAAUCUGCCAGCCAUCAAAAUUGCCAACUAAUAACAACUUCUUUAUUGAUAUUUUGGUGGAACAUGGGACCUGCACGAAAUUACAGGAGCAAACUUGUUCUAUCCUUUAUAAUUAUUUGAAACAACAUAAAGGAGAUUAUUCUUUGAUUGUCCGGCUUCUAAAUUAUGGUAUUCCUGUAGAAUUGCUUGAGGAGGAAGAGAUUGUAAUUAACCCAACAAAGCUCUACAGUCGGUUGAAUUUUACUAAUAUGUGGAUAUUUCAAGCCCUCACAAAGUUCUACACUGAAGCACUUCUGAACGAGGAACUAUCAGAUGGUCAGACUAUGAAGGAUUUUGUUUUUGAAGUUAUUGACUUAACAAAACAUGACGUGCUAUGCUCACACGUUUUUAACAUGGUUACGCAUGUAGAAGUCAUCGAAAAGUUGCUGCAAGUUGUAGAAGCUGACUUCUUUAAAAAAUGUCUUUCGGAUGAGCCAGAUGACGUCCAAUUCCUGACGGUAAUGAUUGAAACUAUAAUGACAUUAUCUCGGAAAGUGAAUCAAGGUAAAGAUAGAAUAAUAAUGGAUGAUAACUCAUACCAAUUACUGCAGCGCUCAAUGGAAAAAUUUAGCAGCAUGGACCAAACCUCCCUAAAAAACGCAGGUACUAAAUUGAAUAUUUAUCUUAAGAUAUUCCUUGUCCACCAGAGGUUUAUUUUUAAUAAAAUAUGCGAGUCUAUACGACAGAAUUAUACUAUGUGCAGCAAGUUGCCAAAAUCUUUAAGACUUUUAUUUGAAAACACUGGCUUUGAUUUGAAAUUAAAGUUACUGUUAUACGAUAUAUUGUCCUCAUUAAAGUCCAUGGCCAUAUAUGAAUCAACUAGGAAACCAGAAGUCUCGAUAAAUGGUAGAAAGUUUAAUGUUCCUGAAGAGUUACAGAACUUACCUCCAUUUCACAUAUCCUCAUUCCUGGACGAAAGUAUGUCAAUUACUAAAAACGAUUUCAACUCUCUAGGGAUUAAAGAACACGAAAUCAUGAAUGAGAGGAAUGACAAGAACCAUUUCUUCAUAUACAAUAAAAAGAAAAAGCAAUACGAAUGCGAGUUAGACGUUGAACCUUUUCAGUUGUUGAUCAACUAUCAAAGCAAAGAGCCAGGUAUUAAUGGCCAUUGCUUCAAUGACACUGUUUUGAGCUUAAAUCUGUUUGAUGCCAGAUUUGACAGAAAAAACCCAACAUGA